AUGAGUAAUGGGAACAGGUCUGGGCAACAUGUUUAUCCUGAUUCAAAGACUCUACUCAUAUUGGAAGCUCCCCAGGAUCACUGUAGGCAGUUCCUAAUGUUGGACCCAGAAGAGAAGGCUCCACUGGAUCCGGCUGUGGUCCUGGUGCUCUGUCUCUCCUGUCUGCUUCUCCUCUCACUCUGGAAAGAGAGCUCUGGGAAAGGGCAGCUCCCGACUGGCCCCACUCCCCCAAUUCUUGGAAAUAUCCUACAGUUAGAUAGAUGUUAAGGACAUCGGCAAAUCCUAAACCAAUUGGAAUGCAUUUCGCGACUCUCAAAAGCAUAUGGCCCUGUGUUCACUGGGUAUUUUGGCUUGAAGCCCACCACUGUGUUGCAUGGUUAUGAAGCAGUGAAAGAAGCCCUGAUUGAUCUGUGAGAAGAGUUUUCAGGAAGAGGCAGUCUCCCUGUGUCUCAAAGAGUUAAUAAAGGACUGGGAAUCCUCUUUAGCAAUGGAAAGAGAUGGAAGGAGAUCUGGCGCAUCUCCCUCAUGACACUGUGGAAUUUCGGGGUGGGGAAGAGGAGCAUUGAGGACCGAGUUAAAGAGGAAGCCCACUGCCUUGUGGAGGAGUUGAGAAAAACCAGUGGGUCACCCUGUGAUCACACUUUCAUCCUGGGCUGUGCUCCCUGCAAUGUGAUCUGCUCCAUUAUUUUCCAGAAUCAUUUUGAUUAUACAGAUCAGAAUUUUGUUAACUUGCUGGAAAACUUUAAUGAAAACCUCAGGAUUAUGAGCUCCCCAUGGAUCCGGGUCUGCAGUAAUUUCCCUGCUCUCAUGGACUAUCUCCCAGGGAGUCAUAACAAAGUACUUAAAAUUUUUGCUUAUGUAAAAAGCUAUGUUUUGGAGAAAAUAAAAGAACACCAAGCAUCUCUGGGCAUUAACAAUCCUCGGGACUUCAUUGAUUGUUUCCCGAUCAAAAUGGAACAGGAAAAGCACAAUCAACAGAUGGAGUUUACUUUUGAAAACUUGAUAGCCGCUGUAACUGAUUUGUUUGGAACUGGGACAGAGAAAACGAACACCACACUGAGAUAUGGGCUCCUCCUCCUGCUACAAUACCGAGAGGUCACAGCUAAAGUCCAGAAAGAGAUUGACUGUGUGAUUGGCAGACACCAGAGUCCCUGCAUGCAGGACAGGAGCCACAUGCCCUACAUGGAUGCUGUGGUGCAUGAGAUCCAGAGAUACAUUGACCUUAUCCCCACCAACCUGCCCCAUGCAGUGACCCGUGACGUUAAAAUCAGAAACUAUUUCAUCCCCAGGGGCACGACUAUAGUAACAUUGCUGAGUUCUGUGCUACAUGAUGACAAAGAAUUCCCCAACCCAGAGGUGUUUGACCCAGUCUACUUCCUGGAUGAGAGUGGCAACUUUAAGAAGAGUGACUACUUCAUGGCUUUCUCAGCAGAUACCCUAUGUGUGUUAUUUUUGGGAAAACGAAAUUGUAUGGGAGAAGGCCUGGUCCGCAUGGAGCUGUUUUUAUUCCUGACCAGCAUUUUACAGAAAUUUACCCUGAAAUCUGUGGUUGACCCAAAGGACAUCAACACCACCCCAAUUUCUAGUGGGUUUGGCCGUGUUUUGCCCUCAUACCAGCUCUGCUUCAUUCCUGUGUGA